AGCACUGUUCACUUCGAUUGAAUUACUCAAAAUCUAACUCCAACACAGAAAGAAGUGAAAGUUAAACUCUGAAAAUUUUAUCAAAUUUAUCUUUCUCUGUUCAUCUGAUAUCGAAGAAAAAUCUGUCAAAAUGCCAGCUUCAUUUCACAGUGAAAUAGUUGUGAUAAUAACUGGAGCCAGUUCUGGCAUUGGGCAACAGGCGGCAAAAAUUUUUACCCAGGGAGGCGUGAAAAAAUUUUGCCUGACUUCCAAAUUUGAUUUGGAUCAGACACAAAAAUUGUGCUUGUCUGUAAACGACAAGGUAGAUUUCGUCAUUAUAAAAGGAGAUAUAACCAAACCAGAACUGCGGGAAAAAAUAUUCAAGGAAACUAUCCAGAAGUUUGGGCGCGUCGACAUUCUCAUCAACAAUGCGGGUGUGGGGACUGUGGGCAAAAUUUUGGACAUAACUAUGGACGAAUACCAGGAAAUUUUCGAUGUCAACGUCACUGCAAUUGUCCAUUUGACAAAAUUAUGUCUAUCUAAUUUGAGGAAGGUCAAGGGUAACAUUGUAACUACAUCCUCGAUCGCGGCCCAUAAAAGUAUGCCAGAGCUGGGUUUCUACUGCAUGUCGAAAGCAACUCUGAAUAUGUUCACCAAAAUACUCGCUCAAGAAGAAGGUCCAAAUGGUGUGAGGGUCAAUGCAGUCAGCCCAGGAGCAACUAACACCCCAUUUAUUGCAAGUGUCGGCAUGAAACCUGACGAGCUAAUGGAGAGUGUGAAAACAACUUACCCCAUUGGCCGAAUGGCUGAACCCGAGGAAAUAGCGAAAGUAAUGGUAUUUUUAGCUUCUGACGAUGCCAGUUACAUGUGA